AUGUCUCGCCCUAUUGAGCCAUUGAAAGAGAUCAAUGAUUCAAAAGAUUUGUGGAAGAUCCUUGUUAGAUGCAAACAUCUAUGGACUGUCACAAGUUCUUCAAACAAAGAACACAUGGAGAUGGUUUUGGUUGAUUCUAAGCGUGAUAUGAUUCAGGCUGUUGUCCCUGCUUAUUUGCUUUCCAAAUUCAAAUCUCAAAUUGAAACAGGAAACUCUUAUAUCAUGCAAAAUUUUAAAGUUGGGAGGAAUGAUUUUGCUUUUAAGUCGACAAAUCAUACAUACAAAUUGGUUUUUUGUGGCUCAACUUCUGUUAAGAAGGCAGAAUUUCCUGACAUCCCUCAUAACUACCUUUACAUUAUUGCUUUGAAUUCCAUAGUUGAAGGAAGGUUUCAAUCAAAUGUUUUGGUUGUUCAGCUAUAUGAGUAUUAUAAGAAUAAUAAGCAAGCAUCAAAUAUUGUCAUUGUUCUAAUUAAUGCAAGGGUUAAAGAGGCUCAAGGAGGAUUUCCAGUUAGUGUUUCCAACACAUGGAAUGGAACGAAACUGUUGAUUAAUGACCUUGCUAUUGAGGAAGUCAAGAGUCUAAAAGAAAGACUUGGUGUUGAUUUGCCUUUGUUAUCAUCUUCAAGUGUACAAGUUGAGACGAUGGAAAACUCAUUUUAUUCAGACUAUGACAAAUUUGUUUGGAAGGCUGAAAUAAUGAGUCUCUCUGAGAUAACAAAUCUGCAACAUGAAACAACCUGUGUUACCGUUGCUACCCUCGAUAAGUUUGAUGCUGCGCAGAUGGGGUGGUACUAUGAUGGAUGUGUGGAAUGUACAAGGAGUGUGACUGCCAAGGAUGGAAAGCUGAAGUGUUUUAAGGAUCAUAUUAGCCCAGAACUUGUGCCACGGUAUAAACUUGAUAUAACAGCUGUUGACGGCAGUUCGAAGGCAAAGUUCGUCUUUUGGGACACAGACUACGUGAAGUUAAUUGGGAAGUCUGCUCUUCAAAUGAAGAUGGAUUUAUCACAGUCUAUUGAUUACGAUCCACUUGAGUUCCCUUACGAACUUGACUCCAUCUUGGCAAAAGAAUUGGCAAUUAGAGCUGUUUAUCAGCCUAAAAAUGGGAGACUUUCUGUCAUUGGCUUCAAGACUGAUGAAGAUGUGCGUAAUAAAGUUAAGGAGAGUUUCAAAUUUGAAGAGGAACCUCUAUCUGCAUCUGCAGAAAAUGAUCUGAGCAUUGAAAAUUCAGGACUCACUCCAUGUAAGAGACUUAUGAAUGAUGCAGUAGAAGAUAAUGAUAGUGUACAACAAUCAUCAACCAAGAUGGCCAAAGAUAUUAAACAGGAGAAAUAG